AUACUAUAUAUACAUAUAUGUUUAUACACAUACAUUAAUUUGUUUGGUGAUUUUUGAAAAAAAAUUAUAAAAAUUAUAUAAUAUAUAAUCUUAAUCUUUAAAUUAUUAAGAAUCAAGAAAAAUUAACAUAUUACGAUAAUAUUAUAAGUACAUAUUAUGUUUUUUUUCUUAAUUUAAAAUAAAAUUCAUUGAACUUCAAAAAAUUAUAUUAUAGAAAGAAAUAAAAAUUCAAAAAUUAUAUUAAUAUUUUAUUAAAAUAUAUAAUACUGAAAUUAUAUAAAUAUACGUAUUAUUAUUAUAUAUAAUAGAAAAAUCUGAUAAAAUUAUAUUUGAUAUUUUUUUAUAAAUAAUUUUUUAAAUUGAAAAUUAAAAAAAUUUUAAUAAUUAUUUAUAUAAUAAUAGUAAGAUAUUUAUUUUAUAAUAUAUAUAUAAAAUCUUUCAAUAUAAUUGAAGAAAAAAGAAACUAUAUAUAUGUCGAUUCUUACGCGCAUGCGAUUUACGAAUGGUGGGGAAAUGAUAUUUUUCCUUUCUCGGAAAAAGAUAUUCCAUAUUUUUGGUCAAAGAGGAAUAUAUACUCCUGUUUUAAAAAAAGAAAAAAUGGGAAAACUUACUCAAGAAGAACGAGAAAAAGAUUUAAAACCAUUAUUAUUUAACAAUUGGUCUGUGCAACAAGAUAGAGAUGCUAUUUACAAAGAAUUUUUAUUCAAAAAUUUCAAUCAGGCAUUUGGUUUUAUGACCAAAGUUGCAUUGCAAGCAGAAAAAAUGAAUCAUCAUCCUGAAUGGUUUAAUGUUUACAAUAAAGUAAACAUUACAUUAUCUUCUCAUGAUGUAAAUGGUUUAUCACAAAGAGAUAUUAAGCUUGCAUCCUUUAUAGAUAACAUUGCUAAAAUGGAAGAAAACUAAGAUUAAGAAUGUAUAUAAUAAAAAUGAUAAUAAAUUAAUAAUAUUAAUUUUUUAAAUAUUUUUAUAAUAUUAAUUAAUUAGAAAUGUUAUUCUGUUGUUGUAAAAUUUAUGAUAAUAGAUAUUUUAUAUAUUUCAUUACUUAUAAUGAUUAUUUAAAUAUAUAAAAUAAUUAAUGUUUAUUAUAUUAAUAAAAUUUGUUAUUUAAAAUAAUAAAAA